AAUGGAAGAUAAUCCAGCACUAAACUGGCUGAAAAACCAAGCAUAUUGGUACGAGAAAAAUGACUACUACAACGAGAAAGAAAGCGAAUUCGCGACGUCUGUUGCGGCUGCUGCAUUUGUCAUCACAUCAAUGGAGGAAGCCUAUAAAGAAAAUGCGAAUAGAAUGAGAGAAGAAAUCAAGAAGUCGCGGAAGAAGAAAACAAAUCCGGUAAUACCUAAAACCGACGUAAAGAGAAUGAACAGAUCAUAUACUCAAGACUUGACUAUUGGAGAGGAGAGUUUCAGAAAAGAAAAGAUGGACAAUCCACAAGAAAAUCGUAGGGAACAAGAGAUUGGCUCAUCGUCUAGAACAUUGGGACUUGCUUCAGGAACAAGCAAAGCAGAUUCUUGGGAAAAAUCUCAACUCAACAAAAUCAGAUUGAGGUAUGAGAAAAUGAAAACUGAAAUUGUGGGAUGGGAAAAUGAGAGAAAGGUAGCAGCUAAACUCAGAAUGGAGAAAAGAAAGAGUGAGUUGCAGAAAAGAACAGAAAUAAAUAACCAGCAUUAUAAGUCCAAAUUAGCAAGGAUCCAAGUCAUUGCUGAUGGAGCCAAGAAACAGCUUGAGGAGAAGAGGAGGAGCCAAGAAGCUCAUGUUCAAGAAAAAGUAAAGAAAAUGCGUCGAACUGGCAAAGUCCCUGCCAAUUAUUUCUGCUUUCGAUGUUACUAAUAUCACAAUUACUACCAUCAAUAUUAUACUAUAUUGUGUGUAUAACAACAAAUAAUAAUUAUGCUCAGUAAAUAAUCAAAAAAUGAAUAUGAUAG